CCUUAAAAUAGUAAACAACACUCUUUAAACCCCAACUCCUUAAUCUCCCUUCCAAAUCACACAUUCACAGGGAAGUCUGGUGCUAGCACAAUCAUCCACCAAUGGCUAUAUCCAGAGGAGUGGUUCUUCUUGGCUUGAUGACACUCUUAGUUUGCUUACUCUUGAUCAAAGUUUCUGAGGCUGAUGACUCUGCUGAGUAUCCCCCUAUCCAUGCAGUCAAACACGAUGAUAGCAAAUGUGAAGGUAUCCACCACGAGAAAGGCGACCACUGCCGGAAAGAGGAGGAGGAGGAGGAGGAGGUGGUGGAUGAUGACGUGGAUGAUUCUUACAAGGUUGUCAACAGGAUGGCACUCUCUUACCAUGAAGCUGGCUCGGUUAACCCAUUUUAUGAUUCAUCAGACACCGAGUUACUCGACAAUCGUGUGGUUGUAUUGGGACACUAAGCCUCAUAAUUACUCUACCAAAUGUCUUCCACAUUUUUUUUUUAUAUUAAUCUGUCUCUGAUUGUGAUCAGAUAUUGUUACUCGGGCACCGGCCUCUUGUAUGAUAUGCUUGAUCGAUUUGUUAAAUCAUUCGUU